AUGAGUGGAGCAUUAUACUCCAUGCUUCCUUCCAUCAUUCCAGUCAGAGGAUUACUAAACCAAUCCUUGAAAUCGUCAUGGCUUGAGAAGAUUGUUGGCAUCAAGAAGUGCAUCAGAGACCACAACUCCAUCAGAGAAUUCUGGAGAGGAGUUCCGUGUCACCAUCCAAUCGAGUCCAACCAUCUGAUAUUCUCGAAGUGUUCCGCGAAUCAAGAACGGCACUUGAGUCUUAACUUGAGUCGUCUCCAGUGUGUAACCUUUCGGCUGGAACUUCAAAGCCUCCUCAGCGAUGUUGGACACCCCGACCAUCACCGUUACCAUCUUCUGCUGAAGUGUCUUGCAGCUUCUCCAGGUCUUCAGGCGACUUCUCGGCAGAUGUUGAUGGUCGAUCUUCAGAGGUUGUUGGAGCAGCCUCAUCCACUUCCAUUUUCUCGUCUUCUCCGGCUACUUCUUCUACUUUCGGUGGUGCAUUCUCAGCAGCUUCUUUCUCGGAUUUUCUUCGCUCCUCCGUCUCUCGUUUCGCCUGUUUCAUUGCCUCCAAAUGCUCCGGGCUAA